CGUGGCAUGGCGAGCCGGGGCCUGGACCUUGGGUGCCCCGUGACAAUCAGAAAUGCCUGAAGGGUGCCGGGAAGUGGGGGCGUGGGAGGGACCAGGAAGCACGGAAAGGGGCCCAACUGCACUGUGCGAGUGGGCUCAGAGGUGUAGCUACCAUGGGCGAUCCUCUGGGGACCAGGCGGAUCCUAGUGACGGGGGGCUCAGGGCUGGUGGGCAGAGCCAUCCAGAAGGUGGUAGAAGAUGGGGCCAGGCUGCCCGGAGAGGACUGGGUGUUUGUCUCCUCCAAGGAUGCCGAUCUCACGGAUGCUGCACAGACCCGAGCGCUGUUUCAACAGGUCCAGCCCACACACGUCAUCCAUCUUGCUGCAAUGGUGGGGGGCCUGUUCCGGAAUAUCAAAUACAAUUUGGACUUCUGGAGGAAAAACAUACACAUCAAUGAUAAUGUGCUACACUCGGCCUUCGAGGUGGGCGUGCGCAAGGUAGUCUCCUGCCUGUCCACCUGCAUCUUCCCAGACAAGACCACCUACCCUAUCGAUGAGACCAUGAUUCACAACGGGCCACCGCACAGCAGCAAUUUUGGCUACUCUUACGCCAAGAGGAUGAUUGAUGUGCAGAACAGGGCCUACUUCCAGCAGCACGGCUGCACCUUCACCGCUGUCAUCCCCACCAACGUCUUCGGGCCCCACGACAACUUCAGUAUCGAGGAUGGCCACGUACUGCCUGGCCUCAUCCACAAGGUGCACCUGGCCAAGAGCAGCGGCUCAGCCUUGACGGUGUGGGGCACGGGGAGGCCCCGGAGGCAGUUCAUCUACUCACUGGACCUGGCCCGGCUCUUUAUCUGGGCCCUGCGGGAAUACAACGAGGUGGAGCCCAUCAUCCUGUCAGUGGGCGAGGAGGACGAGGUAUCUGUCCAGGAGGCAGCUGAGGCCGUGGUGGAGGCCAUGGACUUCCACGGGGAGGUCACUUUUGAUACAACCAAGUCAGAUGGGCAGUUUAAGAAGACGGCCAGUAAUGCCAAGCUGCGGGCCUACCUGCCCGACUUCCGGUUCACGCCCUUCAAGCAGGCUGUGAAGGAGACCUGUGCCUGGUUCAUGGACAACUAUGAGCAGGCCCGGAAGUGAAGCCUGUGGCCGGAGCUGGUCCACCUCCUCCCCAGCGCCCGGCCGGCAGCACCCAGCAGCAGCCACUCUCAGAAACUGCCAGGAGCUGGGGGCACCGCCUGCCCUCCUGAUGGUGGCCUCUGCUCCACUCCAUCUGCUGAGGCAGGCCUCAGUGACUGUCUGGUGGGGCCUCCGUCCACAUCAGGGAAGCCAAGCCCAGCACCCUGCUCCCCAACUCCAUCCCUGAGUGUCCGCUUCCAAUCCCUGGGAGCCAAUAAAGAGCAUUUUCACAGGCCUGUGUGCCAGCCA